AUGCCUUGCUCUGCCGUGACAGUGGAUUACCGCCGGGACAGUGCAGCAAUGCCCGUACCCAUAACAAAGAGCAUUCUGGAACCUGAAUAUUCUCGUCUUAAAUUUAAUAGCCUGAGUUCCUCAUGUUCCCGUAGAACUUCUGGCUCUUCACCACUUGUAGCUGAGCUUGUUCAAAAAUAUUCAACAUCAAGGGUUGGCCUUGGAUCGAGAUCAAGCUCCCUUACUGACGAUAUAAGGGACAGAAGUCAAACAAGGGACACAAGCACUUUGAGAUCUCGCACUACUAGUUACAGUUCUGAAAGCUCAACCCAAAGUCAUCGGAAGCCUACUACAAACUAUACCACAUUUGAUUUAAACGAAUUCAGAAUAACGUACGCUCCGAGUAGCUACAUUCCUGGCUCCACACGUUCCGAGCUCAGUCGUCCCCCCAGGUCAACUGAAGGCCUGAGGACUCGAGCAUCAACAUCAGUGCUGAGAGAAAAGAAAAGUGAAGUUUCAGAAAGCGCCAAUCUGGAGGUAAUUUCUCCUGCUGACAAAACCAAAGAAACAUCUGAUCUUAUCAAUGGAGAUGUGGCCAAAGAUGAAAAAACUGAUGAUAGUGAAUUGUCUUUGUUGGAGGUAAAUUCAUCUGCAAUAAAACAUGAUGGGGCUACUGAGACCAAUGACUCAGCAGACGUGGUUUCAUUAGUUUGUGGAGUUGUGACAUUUAGUUACAGAGUGUUGGGAAAUAUAUCACCAAGACACUUUCGGUCAGCUGCUAAUUCGUCACGCAAAGAGGUUACUGCCAGCAGUUCAGUGAGCAGCUCUUCAUCUAAUGGACUCAGUGGAUUGAGAAACAUUGGAAAUACCUGUUUUAUGAAUUCUGUUGUUCAAUGUUUGAGCAAUACUAAAGUUUUGAAGGAAUUCCUGAUAAAUAAAGAGUUCAUGUCAGAAAUAAGGAAUUCUGAAUCAAGAGGUGCUUUAAUUAAAUCAUUCUCUGAGGUGAUAAUGGAAUUAUGGAGCGGUGAAGGCAAAGUGGUAAACACUACCGCAUUCAAAGCUCAAAUCCAACGUUAUGCUCCGAGGUUCAUGGGUUACAACCAGCAAGAUGCCCAGGAAUUCCUUAGGUACCUGUUGGAAGGUUUGCAUGAUGAUAUCAACAGGGUUGCUGUAAAACCCAGGAAUUUACCAGAGAUUGAUGAUAAUCUUAGUGACAGUUUAAAGGCGAGCGAGAGUUGGAAACAGUACCUAAGGUGUGACAACAGCAAGAUUGUCGACUUAUUUGUUGGACAACUUAAAUCGACUUUGCAAUGCACUUCAUGCGGCCAUAGUUCAACAACCUUCGAAGUAUUUUGGGACCUUUCCCUACCUUUGCCAUCGAGAUCUGGAUCUCUACGAUUGUCUCAAUGUCUUGAUCAUUUUACAAAAGAAGAAGUCCUCGACGGUGAUGAAAUGCCUACAUGCUGCAAGUGUAAAACCAGGAGAAAAUGUACUAAGAGAUUUUCCAUCCAAAAAUUUCCCAAGAUUUUAGUUUUACAUCUUAAAAGGUUUUCGCCUAGUGAGCGAUAUAGAAAAUUAUCAGCUACUGUGGAGUUCCCUUUAACAAACCUCGACAUGUCGGGCUAUUCUACUACUCCGCAAGUUGCUACUUAUAAUUUGUACGCUGUUUCCAACCAUUCUGGAACGGCCUAUUCUGGCCACUACACAGCUUAUUGCCUCCAUGCUGGUACAGGUCAUUGGUAUGAAUUCAAUGAUUCCAGAGUAUCAAGUAUUUCUCCAAGAAGUGUAGUUUCAAGUGAAGCCUAUAUUCUCUUUUAUGAGCAAAACACAGCAGUAACCACAUCUCGACUUUAACCUGCCCUUCACACAAGAAAUCUUUAGUGUCACCAUUAAUAUGUAUUUACUUUCUAGUCUAUUUUUAGCCUUUAUAGACUUUUGGCAGGCUGCAAAGAAAGAAGAAAAAAUAAAAAAAGGGUAAUUAAAUUAAAGUACAUCAAAAUGAAUCUGCACUCUUAAAAAAAUUUAUUGCUGAACAGCAAAUUGCAGACUUUUAUUUGUUAUUUAUAUUGUUUUUGUUAUAAAAUUCUAUUACCUCUGUCCAUAUAUUUUACCAUGGUAGUGUGUAGAAUAAAUAUUAAUAUUUAUAUGUGUAACUUUUAAAUAAGUCAUCUGUUUUUUGAUGAUUAUUAAUUUCUAGAAGACAACUAAAUUAUUGAUAAACUUUGGUUGAAAAGACAAAAUGAAACAAAAAAAAUAUAUGUUAAAUAAUGAGAAAAAUUAUAAAGGGGAACCUACUUGAAAGAAAUAUUUAAAUAUUUAUAAAAUCUAGUCAUUGUUAUGUUUUAAUUUAUUUUAAAUAAAUAAAUGAAUACAACUUUAUAUUAAGGGUUCUAAUCAACUAAGCAUUAUCUAUUACAAUUUAUUAUACAAACAUCUUUUCUAUUCCUAUUCUUAUCAAACCCCUGAAUGUUUAAUUCCAUCUUUGAAUUAAUAUUUGUUAAAAUUUUUAAAUGUUGUAGUAUGUCUUUUAAAUGGCAAAAAACACCAUUGAAAAUAGUAAAUAAUCUUUAUUAAAUUAAUCAAAUGUCAAUUUUGUUUGUUUGUUUUAUGUGGUAUAUUUUGUUUUGCAAUACCACCCUCACUUUUCUUCCAUCUCACCCCUACCCCUAUCUUCCUCUGAUUAAAUAAAUUACUGCUGUGUUGAAAAAUGUGUUAUUUCAUAACCCUAAGUUAUUUCAUAAAUAUAAUUAAUGUUUUUCACAGAGUAUGUACUGUUUCAGUAUAUCUUCUCGAUGUUAUUUAUUUGUUGUCAUUAAUGGUUAAAAUGUUUGUAAAUAUGUCUGUAAUUUGUAGGAACAAAUACACUUUUUAAAUGUUAAUAAAAAAGAACAAAAAAACACUUAUCUAUAUUGUAAAAGCCUAUUUAUUAUUUGUAUAUCACAAUUAAUUAUUGUUAAUGUAGGUUACGAAAUCACUUUUAAUACUCUACUUAUCAGAUAUAUGUUCUUUGAAACAGUAAUACUAGUGACAAAAUAUCAAAUUAAUAUUAUGUAUUGUAUAUAGAAAAAAAAACUUGAUGUCUACAUCUAUUUCAUUGGAGUUUAAAAAUAAUAAUAAAUAUAUUGGAGUGGAAAAAAACAUAAUAAAAAACAUUUAUAAAUUAUUGUAUUAAACCCAUUAAAGAAUAUUUGUUAUUUUUACCUUUUAUAAUCGAUUUAGUUUUUUUUGUUUUUCUUAUUUUUGCAGAUUAAUUGUAACAAAAACACGAAUAAUAAAUAUGAGAGAAAUUUUCAAGCUUGAAUGAACGCCAGUAUUGUAUUUUAUUUUUUACCUUGGUAAUUUAUCAUAUAAAAAAAAGUACUUCUGAUUUAAUUUGAAUCAAGUUUCAUUUAAUUGAAGCAAUAUAUUGCAUAGUGCUUCAUGAAUUGCAACAAUAAUAUGCAUUAUUGAUUAGUUAAUAUGCACUUUAUUUGAACAUGUACAGUAGACCCUUUCGUAUUUGGUGUUGCUAUGAGUAUGAAAAAACUAUAUUAAUAGAAGUUUAAUUUUUCUUUUAGGUAAGUCUAGUAGUGCUUUGCUUAUAACAAUAUUAGCUUAAUUUGUACUUCAGACCCAUAUGUCUUUAUAUAUCUUUUUUUCCAUUAUCUAAGCAUUAAUAAACUGUUACGGUGGAUAGAGAAUUAGAUGAAUUGAGAGCCUUAUCACUGCAUGGUUUCUCUGUGAAGAAAUUUAAUUGCAGAAUUAACUCUGUAUAAAAAAAAACAAGAAUAAUAAAUUAAAAAUAUUUUUAAAAACCUGGUUGAAUAAAAAGAUAAGCGAAUAAUAAAUAAUUGUUGGUUAACUUAUAAACCUGGGCAAAGAAAAAAAAAAUCCCUUGAAUGAAACAAAUUGAUUAUAUUAUGCUAUGAAAUAAAACACUUAUUGCCAGAUGGCUACCAACAGAAAUUAUUAGUCAAAGUUGUAAUUUGGAAACUGAUCCAAUUUGAUAAGUCUCCUUUGAUACGACCCCUAACCUCUUACAAUUAUGCAAUAUUGUCAAGAUAUGCGGAUAUUGUCGCAUUUUCCAAGACAGGAAGGACAGCGCAGAUCUUGGAUCCAACUGUCCGCUUUGAGAGCAAUGACCUCAAUCAGGCGAGUGAAGUGGAAAUGGAAAAGAAGAACACAUAUGAUAACUGUAUUCCUUUCCUAAAAGAGAAGUUCCGUGAGACCAGAUAAAUAGAGUUCACCAUGAGAGGCCUCUGGUUUGGGUCUCACGGAACGAAUCCAAAAAGAAUAAGGAGCUUCCUCGAGGAACUAGGUGUCGACAUUAAGGACAUAGCGAGGUUGGAAUCAUUCAUCACCACGUGCAUGGGUAGAGUAAGAAUUUUAAUUUUUCUAUUUAUUUAUUGAAAGAAUUUAUGAAUAGUUUUAAGCACUUUAAUACAUGUACCGUUUUAGAGAGAUAAAGAGAGGGAAGGGAAAUUAAAUAGAAAAAAAAUAAAAAAAGAGUGCAUCACCCAACUUUCACUUAUCACCCUCUUCUUAGCUGAAAUAAGUAAUUUUAAAUAAAGGGUAAGUGAAAGUAAAAAUUACAAAUGCUAUAUUGAUUUAAAUCGAAUUCACUAUGGGUAUUUUUAUAAGUACCCUUAUAUAUACAAAUUUUAAUAUUUAUAUCACUGUGAUCUAUACAAUUAAAUAUUUAAUAAUAGCAUCUAUGAAAACCGCAUAUGUAUAUUUACAUAAUAUUCUCGAAGUCCUUAUUAUAUUAAGCUCAUUACUUAUGGAAGCGUGCUCUAAUCUUUCGUAUGUGCUCGUAUUCCUUUUGUUCCUCAAUUACAACUAUUCUCUGUUACAAUGUCUUAUUUCUCCUUUAUUUAAUUAUCAGUUUCUUCCAUAUUUAACUAUCUUUUAUAUUAGAGAUUAAUGUGAAAUGGUCAAUUGUUUUAAAUAAAAAAAAUUAAAGGUACUUUAGGGGAAGCUAAUAUUCAAAAUUAGCCAUUUAAGCCCUGUUACAAAACAUCAAUCAGAAUGAAAACUGCAUUUUAUUUAUAACUGCUUAAUUUUACAAUGACAUGAUGAAUAUUUUCAUGAUCGCAGUACUUCCCCUUACUAUAUAUUUCAUAUAUAGGUAAGUGAAAGAAAAAAAAAAAAGAAGAUAUAUAUAUAUACUCAUACAUAUUAAUCACUUCUAUUUAUAUAAGUUUUUUUUUUUUUUUUUUUUUUUUUUUUU